AUGCAAGCACUGCGCCUGGCGCGUCCCCGAGCGUCUCUCCGCCCGUACGCCCGCUCAAUCACGGCGACGGCCAGCGGGCACGCGUCUGCGACCUCGCCCGCGUCGUCCUCGUCACCAGCUGCCAUUCCGCUUUCCAACGUGGAGGCCCAGUGGGAGCAGCUCUCCACCGACGAGCAGCUCACGGUCCACCAGCAGCUCGAGGAGAUCCAGAAGAAGGACUGGAAGUCCCUCUCGCUCGACGAGAAGAAGGCGGCUGGUAUUGCCGCUGCUGGCGUCGUCUUCGCAGCCGUUAGGUCCCAGGCUCCACCUCCACCGAAGUCGAUCAGCAAGGAGUGGGAGGAGGCUUCAAACGAGCGUGCGCUGGAACAGAAAAUGAAUCCCAUCACUGGUAUCUCUUCCGAGGGGUACAGCGGCAAGGGUUUCGUCACGCACAAGUAA